AUGCAGGACAUCCUCUGCGUACAGCGGAAUGGGCCCUUCCGCUUCUUCGAGGUCACCUUGUCCACCGACGAGAGUUAUACCAAGGUCCUGGAGCGGAGCAAGGAGGGGGCCCAGCACCCCCUCCUCGGACGUUACAACAUCGAGCCGCUGUGGUGGCCCGACAAGCGGCCUCCCUUCUGCCGGCAGUGCCACAGUUUUGGACACACCCUGGAGGGAUGCGCCAACCUGCGCUGCCGCAACUGCCUGGAGUCGGGGCACAUGGCCAGGGACUGCAAGGGCCCCCGUCGCUGCAUUCACUGCAACGGCGAGGACCAUCUGGCUCGUUCCUGCCCACAGAAAAAGACUACAUAUGCCGACGCUCUGUCGGGUAACAGAGCAGUCGGCACGGAGAAUGGUGGGGGAGCUCUAGCCCCCACGACUGGGCAGGAACAGCCGGCGACGGGGGCAGGAGGAGAAGCCCUGGUCGAGGUGGAGGAGGCCCCUUCGAGUGCGACACCAAUGCAGGAGGGGUCUCCGAACAAGGUGGAGCAGCUCGCCCUGGCUCCAGGCGUCAGCAGCAGGCGAAAGAAGAGCGGUGCAUCCCCCCGGGGGAGGAAGAAGAGCAGAAGGGAGGCGCAACCCAACGCACCCAGCCCUCCGGCUGCCACCUCGCCAGCAGUGGCGGCCGGGGACCAAGGCCGACAGUGUCCCCCCUCCCCGAUGUUAGAGGCCCCCCGUCUGGUGUGGGACUUGGGACAGUCCCCUGCACCCCCCCAGGAGUACAGCGGUCAACAGGACACUGCUAAUGAACAGGAGUACCUGGGGGGGCUGGAAUUGGGGGACCUUUUGAGGUUGACUGAGGAGGGGGGGCAGUAGGACAGUAUUGUUUUUAAUGGCUGGCUUUUAUUAUUUUAGUUUGUUGUUUUUAAUUGUAUUUUAUUAUUUUAACAUUCUAUGGCCAAUUUUAAUAUUGUCACCUUGAAUGUAAGGGGUUUGAGGAACAUUUUAAAACGUACAUCUGUUUUUAACCAGCUGGCAUCUUCUCCCUUCAGCAUUUGUU